AUGUAUGUCAAGAAGCGCGAUGGCCGCCAAGAGCGCGUCCAGUUCGACAAGAUCACAGCUCGUGUUUCGAGGCUCUGUUAUGGCCUCGACAUGAACCAUGUUGAUCCCGUAGCCAUUACACAAAAGGUCAUCUCUGGCGUUUACGGCGGCGUCACCACAGCACAACUAGACGAUCUGGCUGCCGAGACUGCUGCCUACAUGACCGUCACCCACCCCGACUAUGCUAUCCUCGCCGCCCGUAUCGCCGUGUCCAACCUCCACAAGCAGACUAAGAAGCAAUGGUCGCUCGUCAUCAACGAACUCUACAACUAUGUCAACCCCAAAACCGGCAAACACUCCCCCAUGAUCGCCAAGGACACAUACGAGUGUGUCAUGCGCCACAAGGACGAGUUCGAUUCCGCCAUUGUCUACGACCGCGACUUCAACUACCAAUACUUCGGCUUCAAGACCCUCGAACGAUCAUACCUCUUGAAGCUCGAUGGCCAGAUUGCCGAGCGUCCCCAGCACAUGAUCAUGCGUGUUGCUGUCGGUAUCUGGGGAGACGACGUCGAGCGCGUCAUUGAGACCUACAACCUCAUGUCUCUCAAGACCUUCACCCACGCUUCUCCCACUCUCUUCAACGCCGGCACUCCUCAGGCCCAGCUCUCUUCGUGCUUCCUGGUCGACAUGAAGGAAGACAGCAUCGAGGGCAUCUACGACACCCUCAAGACCUGCGCUAUGAUCUCCAAGAUGGCUGGCGGUAUCGGUCUCAACAUUCACCGUAUUCGCGCCACUGGCUCCUAUAUCGCUGGUACCAACGGCACGUCCAACGGUAUCGUUCCUAUGCUCCGCGUCUUCAACAAUACCGCUCGCUACGUUGACCAGGGUGGUAACAAGCGUCCUGGUGCUUUCGCCAUCUACCUCGAGCCUUGGCACGCCGAUGUCUUCGAGUUCCUCGACCUUCGCAAGAACCACGGUAAGGAGGAGGUGCGCGCUCGCGAUCUCUUCCUUGCCCUCUGGAUCCCCGAUCUUUUCAUGAAGCGUAUCGAACAGAACGGCACCUGGACUCUCAUGUGCCCCCAUGAGUGCCCUGGCCUUGCCGAUGUCUACGGCGACGAGUUCGAGGCUCUGUACGAGAAGUACGAAAAGGAAGGCAAGGGUCGUAAGACCGUCAAGGCCCAGAAGCUCUGGUAUGCCAUCCUCGAGGCCCAGACUGAGACCGGCAACCCCUUCAUGCUCUACAAGGAUGCCUGCAACCGCAAGAGCAACCAGAAGAACCUUGGUACCAUCCGCAGCUCCAACCUGUGCACCGAGAUUAUCGAGUACUCUGCCCCUGAUGAGGUUGCCGUUUGCAACCUUGCAUCUCUCGCUCUCGCCGCCUUUGUCGACUACGAGAAUGCCUCAUACGACUUCAAGAAGCUGCACGAGGUCACCCAAGUCGUCGUCCGCAACCUUAACAAGAUCAUCGACGUCAACCACUACCCCGUCAUGGAGGCCCACAACAGCAACAUGCGCCACCGUCCUAUUGGUGUCGGUGUUCAGGGUCUUGCGGAUGCUUUCCUCGCUCUCCGCAUGCCCUUCGACUCUCCUGAGGCUCGCAAGCUCAACAUCCAGAUCUUCGAGACCAUCUACCACGCCGCCCUGACUGCCUCUUGCCAGCUCGCCAAGGAGCAGGGCACCUACUCCACCUAUGAGGGCUCGCCCGUCUCUCAGGGCAUCCUCCAAUAUGAUAUGUGGAAUGUUACCCCUUCCAACCUCUGGGAUUGGGCUGCUCUCAAGGCGGACAUCAAGAAGCACGGUGUUCGCAACAGUCUGCUGCUUGCUCCUAUGCCCACUGCUUCCACUUCUCAGAUUCUUGGCAACAACGAGUGCUUCGAGCCUUAUACCUCCAACAUCUACCAACGGCGUGUGCUCGCCGGCGAGUUCCAGGUCGUCAACCCUUGGCUUCUCAGGGAUCUCGUUGAGAUGGGCCUGUGGUCCGAUAACAUGAAGAACCGCAUCAUUGCUGAGGGCGGUUCUAUCCAGAACAUUGCGAGCAUCCCCCAGGACAUCAAGGCCCUCUACAAGACCGUCUGGGAAAUUUCUCAGCGUACCAUUGUCCAGAUGGCUGCCGACCGUGGUGCCUUCAUUGAUCAGUCCCAGUCCCUCAACAUCCACAUGCGCGAGCCCACCAUGGGCAAGAUUACCAGCAUGCAUUUCGCCGGCUGGAAGAUGGGUCUCAAGACGGGCAUGUACUACCUCCGUACUCAGGCUGCCGCUCAGCCCAUCCAGUUCACUGUCGACCAGGAAGCUCUCAAGGCCACGGAUGACCAAGUGGCUCCGGCCCAUUCGGGUCUUAAGAAGCGCGCCCCUCCCGCCGGCACUUAUACGUCUAUCGUGUUGAGGGAGAACGGUUUGGGUCCCCGCCCGUACGCCCAGACUGGUGCUAGCGGCACCAGCACACCCAACGGCACCAAGGACAUUCCCACACCCACCAGCACACCUCCUCCCGCGACUGAAGCUACUGAGGCUACAGAAGCUCUUGUACAGAGUGACAACAGGCCCCGUCCACUAGUAUCGCCCGCCAAGAAUGCCGGCUUCAAGGCCGAUAUGCCUGAGCCUGAGAGCCCCAAGGCUCUGGCAACUGAGCCGAUUGUCAAGACCGAAGACAUUGGCUCCCCAUUGCUGGAGAAGAAGGAGGGCCAGACUGAGGAUAAGGACGAGGAAAACGAGAAGAGGGAGGGCGAUAUCUACGCUGAUAAGCAGACUAAGAAGACUGGAGAGAGUAUCUGGUCUGAUGCCCCAAUUAUGUGCUCCAUCCAAAACCCUGAGGGCUGCGAAAUGUGCAGUGGUUAA